GUGUAAGAGACGCAGCCCAGGAGCCGGCAGUCUGCGUGCCGCACCCCAGCCGCCCCUGCACCAUGAGCCUCCCUCGUCUUUCUCCCUCUGCAGGGCGGAUUCUCUCGCUCCGGUUCCCGCUGCUCCUGCUGCUGCUACUGCCACCGCUGCCCCGGGUCCUGCUCGCGGGCCCCGGGGCGCCCACGCCGGUGAACCCCUGUUGUUACUACCCCUGCCAGCACCAGGGUAUCUGUGUCCGCUACGGCCUUGACCGCUACCAGUGUGACUGCACCCGCACGGGCUAUUCCGGCCCCAACUGCACCGUCCCUGAGCUCUGGACCUGGCUCCGGGUUUCCCUGCGGCCCAGCCCCUCUUUCCUCCACUUCCUGCUGACGCAUGGGCGCUGGUUCUGGGAAUUUGUCAAUGCCACCUUCAUCCGUGACAUGCUCAUGCGCCUGGUACUCUCAGCACGUUCCAACCUUAUCCCCAGCCCUCCUACCUACAACUCUGCACAUGACUACAUCAGCUGGGAGUCCUUCUCUAACGUGAGCUAUUACACUCGCGUUCUGCCCGCUGUGCCCCAAGACUGCCCCACACCCAUGGGAACCAAAGGGAAGAAGCAGCUGCCAGAUGCUCAGCUCCUGGUCCAUCACUUCCUGCUCAGGAGGAAGUUCAUACCUGACCCCCAAGGCACCAACCUCAUGUUUGCCUUCUUUGCACAACACUUCACCCACCAGUUCUUCAAAACUUCUGGCAAGAUGGGUCCCGGCUUCACCAAGGCCUUGGGCCAUGGGGUGGAUCUUGGCCAUAUUUAUGGAGACAAUCUGGAACGUCAGUAUCAUCUGCGGCUCUUUAAGGAUGGGAAACUUAAGUACCAGGUGCUGGGUGGAGAGAUGUACCCACCGUCUGUGGAGGAGGCGCCCGUGCUGAUGCACUACCCACAGGGCGUGCCUCCUCGGAGCCAGAUGGCUGUGGGCCAGGAGGUGUUUGGGUUGCUUCCUGGGCUCAUGCUGUAUGCCACACUCUGGCUGCGCGAGCACAACCGUGUGUGUGACCUGCUGAAGGCCGAGCACCCCACCUGGGACGACGAGCAGCUCUUCCAGACGGCCCGCCUCAUCCUCAUAGGGGAGACCAUCAAGAUUGUAAUCGAGGAGUACGUGCAGCAGUUGAGUGGCUACUUCCUGCACCUCAAGUUUGACCCAGAGCUGCUCUUCAAUGCCCAGUUCCAGUACCGCAACCGCAUUGCCGUGGAGUUCAACCAGCUCUACCACUGGCACCCGCUCAUGCCCGACUCCUUCCGGGUGGGUUCCCAAGAGUACAGCUACGAGCAGUUCUUGUUCAACACCUCCAUGCUGUUGGAUUACGGAGUCGAGGCCCUGGUGGAUGCCUUCUCUCGCCAGGGUGCUGGCCGGAUCGGUGGCGGCAGGAACAUAAACCAGCACGUCCUGCAUGUGGCCGCGGAGGUUAUCAGGGAGUCUCGAGAGUUGCGGCUGCAGCCCUUCAAUGAGUACCGCAAGAGGUUUGCCAUGAAGCCCUAUACGUCUUUCCAGGAGCUCACAGGAGAGAAGGAGAUGGCAGCUGAGCUGGAGGAGUUGUAUGGAGACAUCGAUGCCCUGGAGUUCUACCCGGGGCUUCUUCUUGAGAAGUGCCAUCCAAACUCCAUCUUUGGGGAGAGUAUGAUAGAAAUUGGGGCUCCUUUUUCCCUCAAGGGCCUCCUAGGGAAUCCCGUCUGUUCUCCAGAGUACUGGAAGUCCAGCACGUUUGGUGGUGAGAUAGGCUUCAACAUUGUCAAGACAGCCACGCUGAAGAAGCUGGUCUGCCUCAACACCAAGACCUGUCCCUAUGUUUCUUUCCAUGUGCCCAGCCCCAGCCUGGACCACAGGCCUGGUGUGGAGUGGCCACCCAGAGAACUCUGAGGGACAGGGCAGCAGCAUUCUAGAGGGUGGAGCUUUGUGCUUGUCAUUCCAGAAUGCUGAGGCCAGGGUUUAUAGUCUUAAAUGUUGGGUUUCUGGUUUGACAUCAAGAGUGUUGGAGCUGACAUUUAUAUCUUGGGUCCCUCACUGAUUAUCUCGAAUAUUGUGUUUUUGUUUGUCAUUCUAGAAUGCUGAAUUCCUGUUUAAUGAUCUGGAAUGUUAGGAGUAGUUCUCAUUUGGCAUGUCAGAACAUUGGGCCCCUAGUUGACAACCUAGAGUAUCAGAUUUCUGGUUGACUUCUAAUAUAGGCAUUCUAGAUGUAGAACUCAUGAUUAAAUAAUCUAGAAAGCUAGGAAGUUUUUUCUUCCAUUCUAGAAUUCUGGGUGGUUCUCCAGAACAUUGAUUUUUCUGAUUGGUGAUCCAGAAUUUUGUGUUCCUGGUUAAUGUUCCAGAAUAGUGGCUAGUGUGUCAGAUCAGAACUGAUGUGAAUGUCUAGAAUGUUGGUUUGAUUAAGUUUCCUGUUCAAUGAGAUAUCCAGAAAGCAGGAGAAUCUAAUGUACAACAAGAAUGCAUUGCCUGAAUCUGUGAGGAUGCAAGGAGAUGGGGUGUUCUUGGAACCCCCACUUAGACCCUGGUCUGAGGAUGUGGGGAGAAUGAUUGGGUGUUUUCUAUGCCAUUGGUUGGAAAACUCCAGAGCUCAGUCCCCAUCCAGAUCUUGAGGUUUUCUCAUGAGGCUAAAUAAAGUUCUCUUUCCAAAGUUGCCUGCUAUGUAUCUCUUUUGGUCCCACCCUCACAAGCCGAGGCAACAGCGAAAGGGCCUUUCUCCUAGCCACAAGCUAGGUGUGAUAGCGGUUGCAGCAUGAGACUUCCCACUGGGAUCCCUGGAACCUUUCAUGGUGUAAAUGUUCACUGUUGAUGCUUCAUUUCUCCUUGUGGGUUAGGCAUUACCAUUUCCAGGCUGAUCUCUGAAAGUACACAAUCCCCAAGUACACGUUCCAUUCCCACCAUCUGAUUAAAACAACUUCCUCCCUAACAGAAGGUACAACAUAGAUGAAAGCCAUGUGGGGAGGAGAGCACUUACUGUGUGCCAGUUUUACACUUUUAAUUCUCAUUUAUCUUCACACCAACAGUACAAGGUAGGUGAAAUAAUCCCCAUUUUAAAACCUAGGUGGUUAAGUAACGUGCCCCCUGGGUGCCAACCAGGCUGGAACCCAGGUCUGAGUGUACAGCUUAUGCUCUUUGACAGUCCAGCUUUCCCUGUUUCCUGGUUUGAUUCAGUGCCAGGCCUGAUCUUGCCUGUCUGGCCCAGGGUCAAAUGCAGAAGAAUGGGAUGGAACUGUGUAGCCUCCACUUUACAUGCAUGCUGUUCAUUAAAUCACAGAUAUUUAUUUUCCUAAGUGCUUACUUCAUGCCAGUUAGUUUCAUUGGUUUGGGGACAGCACUGAGUACUCAAGACAGAAAAAGCUCUGUCCUUAUGGACUUCUUAUUUCAGUGGGGUAAAACAGACAAUAAGCAAGAAAACAAAACAAAACAAAAAACUCAAUAAGAUAAAUACAAUGUGAGUGUGACAUCCUUUCUAAGCCACUCCACUCUGCUCUCUCCUGCUUCACUCUGGAGACCUGAGAUGGAGCAGCAGUGAUUCUAGGCUGUACAUCCCCUUUUCCCUCCAGUCCUAACACUGAGAACAUCUCCCCAGCCAAAGGGCUCCCCAUGGCCAGCAAAGACAGAGGAGAGGACAAAGGGGUAAAGCAAGAGGCGAAAAGGGAAAGGGCCCAUUGUACUCCAUAAUUACAGGCUUAGAGUUCCUCAGAAAGAAUGAUGGUCCAGAAACAAUAGGAGAAAUCAGGUGCAGGAGAGGGUCAUGGGAACUAAGUCUACUGUCCUGCAGUCCAGAAAAUCCUUGUUUCUUUCUUAGUUGGCUGGGGCUGCUUCCAGCAUUCCUUCUGGGCACUGUUGAAGGCAGAGGAUGCUUGCUCUGAUGUAGAAGAAUCCUUCAGGGUUCUGGAAUUGAGCUUGGUGUAUCUGUGUCUUGUUCUUGCUUGCUCAGUAUCUAUUCUGCCUCUUCUGCUAACACCCCUACUUUGUCUGAGAAUCCCCAGGCCCCCAUCAUUAAUUUCAGUCUUGGUGGGUCUGUCAGUGUCCUUGUCCUGGCCAAGGAGGAGGCCUGAGCAUCAAUCCCAGCCAGUCAGACACUCUGUCCUUGUAGUUUGACUCCAGAGUGGAGUUACGUGGAGACUGAAGAUGGCGGGCUGUGAUUCCUACACAUAGCUGGUCUCUCUGAAAAGAUUGUUAGUUCCUGCUUCCAGUAUCCCAGGGGCAUCCUAGAUUCCUGGCCUUCUCAACACCUUAGCUUUUCCUUUCAUCCUGGGGUUGCUCCAUGAAUUCUUCAUUUGCUGAAAUCAGUCAGAGUUGGUGUGAGUUGCUUGCCAAAUCCUAAUGGGUGCUGCCAAGAGGUUGUGCCCUGAGGUGCAGAAGCAGUAUGGUGGCUUUGGAGAGAAUUUUAAUCAGGGAAACACAAUUAGAUCUUGUUUUAGGAGUGCCCUGGGGUAGAAUGGACAAUAGCCUACAGCAGGAAGACUUGGAUGCUUGCAGAACAGUGAGGAGGCUGGGGCCAAGCAAAAGACUGAGGGGAGGGGAGGAUGGAUGGAGUCCAGGGACGUUCCUCUCUUAAAUGCAGGUGACUAGACUGGGGGACCGUGUUUUGUAUGAAAGCCUAUGUAGGAAAUUUUACAAAUGGAAACUUGUUGCAAAUGUACCAAGCUGACCUCUUUGGAGUGAAUGAUCUUGAUGUUCACAAUAUGAGCAUUCCUGGUGUUUUGAUUUGGUGGGUGAUUCAUUCAGGGCUCUUAGUGUAAACAAUGGAACCCCCUCCCCCCACCCUGCCCCGGCCAGUUUAAGCAGGAAGCAAUUUAUUGUAGGACAUUGCGUAGCUCACGGAACCACUGGGAGAGCCAGGGAAUUAGACGGAUGCUCAUCCCCAGAAGGAACACCCACUACCCCAGUGAGAUGCCACUGCUGCCACCAGGCACAGGCAUCUCCAAUGGCACCCACUAUUGUGGCCCCAAAAGUUGGCUGCUUCUACAGCUAGCCUUACUAGAAAAUGGUUUCUGAGUGGUGCCCCCUUCCUCACUUUGCUCUACUUAGAAUUAAAGUCAUCUCUAAUGCACAUCUGAUGGGUGCAGCCUAGCUCACGUGCCUGUACUCCAGCUCCAAGGGACGAUGGGAAGAUGAGUUUUCCGGCUUGUACGGAAGGGACCCAUAAGGGGGAAAUUCCCCAUCCAUGGGACGGAGGGUCAAAGGGGCUGGGAAACGUGAAAAAUCUGUCCCAGUGGAUCCGAGUUUUCUUAGUCCUGCUUUGACUAGGUGGGCCCCUAUCCAUGGAAUAUCACAGAACAUCACAGUGAUGCCAAUGUUGACCUGGUAGCAGCUAAAUAUAAUUGCAAGCAAAGAACUGAAGAAGUGAAAUUAUAGAAGAAUAGCAGAGAUGCAAAGGACUUUAGAGUACACGUAAUCCAAUCUUCUAAUAAUGUCUGAGUAAGAAAAAUGUGACAUUAGACACUCCUACAACCCACUUUUCUAUUUAAUUAGGCUUUUCCUAUAAAAUGGACUUUUAAAUUAAAAUAGCUAUGUGUGAAUGGCACUAAAGAUUACUAAAACUUAAAAGGUAUUUUUAUGGGGCAUUAUUAGAGAUGCUAUAAUGAAACACUUUUCUCUCCAUCUUACCUGUUAUUUGUGUUUAAUUUAAAUUUGUUUUUCUCUCAGUCUUAGUCGAAAGACUACUUUUACUCUCAAUAUUUAUUCUUUUAGUCAAAUGGGCUUUUGAGAUGCUUGCACAACUUCAGGCUUGGUAUUUUGGGUUUCAGGACAGUAUGGCAGUACAUCUCUCCUCUCCCUUGGGAGUAUAAUAUGCAUAUAAUAAAGAGCAUUGAUCUUAAGUGCACAGAUCUAUUAAUUUUUACAUAUGUAUAAUAAACCUAAGUAACCACCAAAUGAAGACAUAGAACAUUUCCAGCACUCUAGAAGGCUCUCCUGUGCCCUUCAAAGUCAACAACCCCCUACACACAGCUAUUAUUCUGACUUCUAUCACCAUUGAUUAGUUUUGCCUUUUCAUGAAAUUCACACUACUGGAGUUGAACAGUAUGUACUUUUUGUGUCUGGCUUCUUUUAUUCAACCUAAUGUCUGUUGACAUCCAUGUUGUUGUGUGUAUUGGUGGUUUGAUCUAUUUUAUUUGCUGUAUAAGUAUUUUAUUGUAUAAAUAAACCAUGAUUAAUUUA